GCUGUCCAUGAACCAGCAGAAGAUUUAGCGGUUCUUUUGACAGAUGCUCUUGGCGAGAAACCUGAAGAAAGCACAGAACUAGCACCAGGAAUGAAGAAGCACUGAAAUGGUUCUACACUGACCCUCAGGGAGAAAUGCAAGGACCAUUCAGUGCAGAAGAAAUGGCCCAGUGGUUCAGCGCUGGCUAUUUCACAAUGAACCUGCUAGUGAAGCGAAGGUGUGACCAGCAGUUUCAGCCAUUAGGAGAGCUCAUCAAGAGGUGGGGACGUGUUCCUUUCUUGCCUGGUGCUGCACCACCUCCUGUUGUACACUCUCCUUUGGUGAUAUCGGAGCCCACAGAAACUGUUGCCCAGCCACUUCCCUUGCACCUGCCUGAAAUCACAUCUAUGGCCCCACUUCAGCCUGCAUUGCCUGUUGUCACCUCUACUCACACAUCAAAUCUGACACUGCCUCAGGGACCAGGAAUAGGGCCAGAUCAAUUGCUGGUGCAACAGCAUCUUCUGCUUCGCAACCAACUCCUUCAGCAACAGCUGGUCAGGCAGAUACAGAUGCAAGCACUGGCACAUCUGCAGCUACAAGAACAAGAGGGUUUUAAAACAUUGGAUCCAGUGCAGCAGCAGCACCUGAACUUACAAAUCCUGCAGUCACAUCCUCUCCUGCUUCACCAGGUUCAGCAACUGCAGCAAGCACAGCAACUCCAGGUGUCACAGGGUCAACCACAAGCCACAAUUCCAGUCCAGCCUAUAUCUCAGCAUGUCCAUUCCCAGCAACCUAGCACAGACAUGGAUCUGUCCUUGCCAUCUCCCAGUUUUCAGCGGUCUAUUUCUCAACCAGCAGCAUCCACAGAACGACAAGGCGACAUGACUUCUAUAUGGGGCACAGUUUCCACAGCAGGGGCAUGGUCACAGCCAGGGAGUGUGUGGGACUUGGAAAAUGAUGGUGCGUCCUCUCUACCUAAAGCUGAUAUAGCUGACAUCGAAAAACUUCGACAGGAAAAAGAAACGGAGUUGGCAAGACUGGCAGAAGAAGAGCGGAGACGUCAAGAAGAGAUUCAGAAGCAGCAAGAGGAGCUUAGACGACAGCAGGAAGAACUGCAAAGAGAACGGGAGCAGGUGCUGAGGGAAAAGGAAGAACUAGAGAGGCAGAAACAGAUGGAGCUGCAGCGAUUAGAGGAGGCACGUAGACAACAUGAAGAAAGGCAACGACUAGAGGAGGUGCGUAGACAACAUGAGGAAGAACAGAAGAGAAGGGAAUUGGAAGAGGCUGAAAAGCGUAGAUGGGCAGAAGAGGAAGAAAAAAAGAGACUUCAUGAAGAACAAAGAAGAAAAGAAGAAGAAAAGAAGCGGUUAGAAGAAGUUCGGUGGCAGGAGGACAAGCGAAAACAAGAGGAGCUUCGUCGGAAGGCAGACGAGGAACUGGCAUUACAGGAACUCAAGAGGCAGGAAGAAAUGCGGCAACAGGAAGAGGCUGAACGGCAACGGCAGCAAAUGGAGAUCCAGAAAAAACAGCAAGAAUUCCAGAAGCAGCAACAAGAGGCACUUAGAAGGCUACAGCAGCAGCAGAGGGAGCAGUUAGCUGAUAUUCAGCUACCUCCUACAGCCAACUGGGCAAGGCAACAGCAGCAGGCAGGGGGACCACAGCAGUCACUGACAGAAAUACAACAAGAGGAGCAAAAGAGACAGCAGCAGUUAGAAUUAAAGAGACAGCAGAUGCUGAGACUGCAGGCUGAGCAGUUGGCACAACAGCAACUACAGCACCAGCACCAGCAGCAGCAACAAAAAUCUUGGGCCAGCAGUGCCGCUGUGCCCCAGUCUGCUAGAAUUAAAACACUAGCAGAAAUUCAGGAAGAGCAGGCCAAACAACUCCAAGAGGAACAAGAGAAAAUAACACAGCAACAGCAGCACCACCAACAGCAGCAGCAGCAGCAGCAGCAAACCAAGAACAUGGGCCUGUCUAUGGCAGCUGUCUGGGGUUCUGGUGAGCCCAAAUUUAACCUUGGUUCAGCUGCUUGGGGUGGCGGCUCUGUUUGGGGUUCAGAAACAUCAAUGAGUCUGUGGGGAAGCAGCUAUAAUAGCACACAGCCUACACCAGUCUCAAGCAAUGCAUCAGUGGCCAAGAAAUCGGGGAAAGAAAGCACCUCCCAGUCUUCAGAUUUUCCCGCACUGAUUAAUCGGAAGUCCAGCAGCAAGAGCCAGUCUAACAAUAAACCACAGCCCACAAAAGCUAUGAAAGAAGAGGAAGCUGUGCAACGAUUAUUUCAACAGCCUGCACAGAAAAAAGAUGACUUCACUGUGUGGUGUGAAGCUUUCUUACAGGGCAUGGAUGUCACUGUCGACAUUGAAACUUUUGUGUCCUUCCUUCAAGCCGUUGAAUCUCCAUAUGAAGUUCAUGACUAUGUUCGCAACUACCUCGGAGAAGGUAAAGAUGCCAAAGAGUUUGCUAAGCAGUUUCUUGAGAAGCGCAGCCAGUUCAAAAAUAAGGCUCGAAUGGAAAAACGACAGGAAGAGGAGAGCAUAUGGGGUCCAGCACCAGCAGUUACUCCUCGUGAAGCUCGUCGCCUGCCUCAGCAAGCUCCUCUGGAACAGAACCAUGGUGACGGUAGUAAAGCGAAAAACAAAAAGAAGAAGAAAAUGCAAAAAAUGGAUGGCAGCAAUCUUUUGAGCUUCACUGUGGAAAAGGACCCAAACAGAAAAAAUGCUGGUGAAAUUGCAAGCCUUGAUUGAAUGAAUGACACGAUUAGAAGAUGCAUGGAUGAUCAGCAGUAUGUUUAUGUGAGAAAGAGGAGGGGGGGUGAGAAUGCAGAAAUAAGAUCUGAAGGGUGGAUGCUGAGGGAGGAGAGACAGCUGAAGUGUGUUCAUGGAGAGAAGCCUGUGUAAAGCCAGGAUGCCUCUGGUGAAUGAGCUAAAGUUUGGAACAAGGUGAAAAGUGCCUCAGGUAUAACAGCUUGAUUAAAGGUGCACGACAGCUGAUGGAAGAGUGCAUGAAGGAUGAUACAAAAUCUUAAACCGGUAAAUCUUCAUUAGGGGAGCUCUAGUUUUAAGUGAUCAAGUAUUGGAAGUCUGGCAUUGUGUAGGGGUCAUUUGUUGAUGGAAAACUUGGUCAUCUUUCCUCAUUCUUUUUAUUGAUGCUUCUGCCAUGCUGCUGAUCAUCGCACAAGUGCUGUACAUGCAAAUCUUGUACUUGUGUUGAUUAGUAAUGAUGCAUGUGAGAUUGCAUGAGAGGAAAAUGUGGGUAGGAACACUAUUUGAGGUAUGGUUGUCAUUGAAAAGAGCUAAAAUCGUAUACAUGAUAUGAGAAAAACCUUUGAAAAAGUGUGGUGACAUUGUUGUACAUCAUGAAUAUAAUUAAUGGGUGGGCAUAAAUUCACUGGGAAGGGCUGGACUGAUUUGAAAGCGCAGGUAAAGAUGUUUUUCAACUUUUUAACAACCCAGGUAUAUGAAAAUGCAGCACUAUGGCGAUAAUGUCCUUGGAAAGGUUUUUGAGAUUCAGAGAUGAAGCACACUGUUUAUGUAAUGUAGAAAAAGCAGGGCAGUUGACAUGCAUACACUAGCAUCUCAGUAAAGGGGAUAUUUAGGUAGUGUACACAGCAGAUAAAACCCAAGAAAAGUCUUUUUAGGUGUUCUGUGAACCAGCAAUGUAAGCAGUUGGGAAUUGGAUGGUUGAAACAGGAAGAGAGCCAAAUGUGAACAGGUUCUAAACUAGAAGCAGAGUGUACACAGGAAGUAGAAAACACAUUUUCAUCACACUUGUGUUUCCCUUGCAUUAAGAUGCUUGGUGAACACUUAGCUAUGGUAUGUAACAGCUGGCAGAUUGCAUUGCAAAACUGAAUCACUUGACAGAAUAUCUGUUGGCCUCUUUCAUGAUGUGGAUGAUCUAUUGUUAAUGUGUUCUGCAUGGAUAUAAGUAAUUUUGAGUUACUGGAUAUAGUCCAAUACUUCUCAGGCAUAUUUUUAUUUGUAUGACAACAUGGCAGUGCUCUUUUAAAGUUUGGUUUGACCUAUAAUUCUGCUCAUCAAUUAUCCUAUUCUGGCAGCAAAUCUUUCAUUUGGUAAACACCAAUAAAUGCUAAUGAGCAGAGAAAAAUUCCAUAUCCAUAUUUUGUCACCAGUACUCUAGCUGCCAUGCAAUUUGUAGCGAAGGAGAGCACAGGAAUAUUCCCAAGUACCUCACUGUAUGUGUUAAUCUGAAACUACAUACCAUUUCCUGUACCUCUCCAGUACAGCAUAUGUUCGCAACAAUAGCACCAAAAGUGAUGUGCCUUUGGCGUCAGUAAUAUUUUACAUGUUGCAAUAUUUCCAAUACUACAAUGUUUAAGUUGUUUUGCUAUCAAGCCUGUUACCUAUCCCCUACCACAAACUAGUUACAAGAAAGAUCAGUGUUAAUCAGGGCUAGUAGUCAUAUUGUUAAGGAAAGGAUGUCAUUAGUAGGUAAUAUACCAUUCAUUUUUCCUGACAAUUGUGUACUUUCCUGCUUCCUGGCAACCCUAUGGGCUUCACUUGUUAAUAGGUCAGAGAUUACCAUUUUACAGGGAGUGCAUAUUAGAUUUAUAUCUGAUUUGAAAUAUGAAAGGAAAUCAAACAUUGCAUUUCGUUCUAAAUUUUCAGGCAUAGUGGCCAGCAACACGACUUAGUCAAUAUAUAUAUAUCCUUAAUUUUGGGGGUUAAAGUUUGUGUCUAAAUGUUUAUGCUAGGAAAUUGACCUAGGCACAGCUUCAGUCUAACACUUGAAAUGGAGUGCAGGAUUUUUUUGUUUUUAAUGACUGGAAAAAGCUUUGAAUUUUUUUCAGUUUGCAAGAUAUUUGAAAAUUUAGGUAAAUACCCCACAUUCCAUUUUCCAGAGAAAACCCUGUGGAUCAUGCCAGAAAGGCUUUUCAGCCAGUAUGUGGACCAUUCCACAAAGGCUUUUCAGCUGGUAUGAAUACAGUUGCUACCUUUUUGGCCAGGAUGCAUGUAGCCUGCUACCAGCUGAUAAUUACAGAAACUGAGGAGUAACAAUUACAGAAGAACUAGCAGACAAUGAGGAGGAAUUUAUUAUUGCGGCAUGUGCAUUGUGUAUUGUGCAAAAUGCAUUGGCUGAAGAGAAGUAUUGGAUCUUAACGAAAGCAUCUCCAUUAAAUUUUGUUAUAGAGGUGUCGGAACUGAGGUGAGAACCCUUUCUGGUGUGAUCCAUAAACAUGACCAUACACAGAAAAAGGUCAAACUCAUGACACCACAUUUGUACACUGAUAUUUCUAAUUAACAUAUGCUCCUAUUUGCUGAAACUAUGAUAGCAUGAGCUUAUUCAUGGGUGGUCUAGAUAACUGGAGUGUAAGGUGACCAGACGUUUUGGGGGCAAAAGCGGGACACGUGCCGAUGAUGGUGUCGUCACCGUCAAAGAACGCCGAAAAAAGGGGGGGGGGCGCUGUGGGGGGGGCCUUUCCUCUGACUUUGCCGGAUGCGAAGCAGCAUACGACGGUAUUCAGAUUUUUAAAGACAACCGGGACAUUUGAUGGACUUUGCCAGAAAGCGGGACAUUGGGCGUCCAGCCCGAUGAGCAGGUGGGACACAAGGUCAAAAGCAAGACUGUCCCGCCUAAUGCGGGACGUCUGGUCACCUUACUGGAGUGUGUAUGUGCAUAGUGAUUAUACACAUUUAUUUCAAGAAUGAGAAUGAGGACAUUGACUCAUCUUUGGUAAAUACCAUCUGAGCCAUGUAAGCUUUACCCCGUCAUUUGAAAAUUUGCACCCCACUAGGCCUUUAAUGCUGGGGCUGGGUAUUUUCAUUUGUGAGAUAUAGGUGUAUGACAGAUCGACUGGCUACACACAAGCCAAUAUGUUGCCUUAGGUGCUGACACUUACAGUCUGUGCUGCUCAUGACACUACCACACAACUAUCCUUCCUUUCACAUAUUAUAUCCUUUCCCUUUGGCCACCAUCACAAACCAAGGGUUUACCCCCUUUUUAAUACUAAUGCUAUUUAGCAUUGACAAAAAUGGUUUUUAGCCUGGAUGAUAGUGUGCCUGAAUGUAAUUUUUCAUUAAUGAUAGCAGUUUUGGUCAGGUGUAAAACAUGACUUUUUGCAUGGUUUAGUACUGCUGUGAUUAAAAUUUGAAUUUUCAGAGAGUGAUAAGCCUAAAACAGCAUGGUGAGACAAUGUUGCCAGUAAGAUGAUUAACAAUUAGUAAUCACAACCUGAGGUCCUAAAUGAAUUAAGUUUGUCAGAUCUUGGUGUUGAUUUGACAGUGGUACCUGGGCAGAUCUCUGUGCAGAUGUUUAUAUUCAUGCAAGAACGAAUGUCUUGAUUCAGGGUGUGUGCACACUUGUGUAUACGUUGUUUACAUUCUUGUGUCUAAUUGAAAAUGUGUAUACAUUUGUGCUCAUGUGGUGAAUGUUUCUGUGGCUCUCCGUAUGUAUGCACCUUGGAUACAUCGCCUACCUAUAGCAUAUAAGAGAAUUUUUUCAGUUAACAGAUCUACAUUUACCUUUAACAAAGGAGGUGACAAUAUUCUUGCAUACAUUUUUGCCCUAGUACAAUGUCCUGAUGGUAUCAACUUUAAAGAUAAUGAGGAUAUUGUCUGUUUUACAGAUGCUACAGCAGCCCAACCACACAACUGUUCUGUGAUAAACUGUACAUAAAAAGUCAGCACCUCCAUUUUCCUGUAUUUUCAUGCUUAUGGUCUCUGUCUUUCUGAAAUAUGUAUCAUUUGAUUUUCUACAUAUACUUCUUCCUCUGUGACCUGAACACUGCAAGAGAGCUGGUCUCAUACUGUCUCUUCCAGCUUCUGCUUUUAUUUCUUUAGAUUUUUCUCUCUCAUUCAGUUUUUGCAGAUUGCGUCCGUUACUGUCAGCUUGUCUUAGUUGAGUUAGUUUACUGGUUCAAUUGUUGCUGCGUUCUUUUAGUCUGUGAACUAUGUGUGCAGAUGGUUGUAGGAUGGUAAAGCAGACAGGCUUUUACAGAGGAACAUUUCUGUUUGUGAAUUAUGUGUGCAGAUGGUUAAGCAGGCAGGCUUUUACAGAGCUACCUUGCUAUGGCACCUGGAUGCCCUGAUGUUUGCUGGAAUGCUGUGGCUGUGAUGUUUUUAUGUCUGUUUUUUAAAAAUGUGUACCAACUGGUCAUUGUACCUAUAGUUCACACACUUUACAUUUGAUAAAUGAACUAAGUGAAGUUGACUGCCCAUUAUCUCCAGUCUGAUUAAAAGAGUAUAACUUUUUUUUUAAGCUGUUAAAAAGUUUUAUGUGAAUAUAAUGCAGCUGUCAUUCAUGAAAAAAUACCAAAAAUUGCUAUUAAAGUGACAUUUAGCAAAGAAAACUGCACAACAUAGCUUGGUAGUGGAAUAGUUUGUUAGUAGCAUGGACGGAAGAAGCUCCUGCUGAAGAAAUAAGAUUUCUAUGCAUUUUUUUUUAAUUUUAUGCUUUAAUAUUUAAAUUCUUGAUACUUUUUGAUUGCAUGCAUAAGAGUGGUCACAUGCUGCCAUCGGAUUAAAAACUAAACAGCCUUGUGCAUGUAUGAAUGCCAGUACCUGAGGUGUAGAAUUGAUUGCAGCAUCCCAGGGUUUUCUUUUUUGUUUUUACUUGGUUUGUUUUCCUUAAAGAUUUUAAGCGUUUUGAGUAUGACAGUUGUGUUUUAAACCUGACAAAUAAUGAGUUGUGAUUUGAGAAAAAACACAAGCAUGAAUGUAUAUAGUAUGAAUGGGUGGUAGUGCUAGUGUUUGGGGAUUUUUUUUCCACAGAUGCUGCCAUGCUAAAUCAGCUAAAAUUACAGAUUUUGUUAUUGUAUGCAUUUGUAAGUGUAUGCAGUCAUGAUGGUUUGAAAUGUCUACAGUAGCCAGCUCAGUAAGGAUGGUUUGGUUGCCAUUUUUUUCAGAGACAGUUUUUAAGAUUAAGUAGUUUGGUAUACUAUGGUACCAAAGCAAAAUUAGGAUUCACCAUAUAAUAACUUUAAAAUGAAGUUUAAAGGACAAUGUUAAAGUUGGCAUGGUUACCGAGUAUCAGUAUUUGUGGCUGGCUGCAUUCUUGGAUGAUGGGACUUGCAUGUUUGCUAGUGUAUAUGUAGACUGUAAGAGUCAUUUAUCAGUCUUUCCAUGAAUUUUUAUCGUGAAAAUUCAAGGGGUGUGUGUGUGUGGUUGGAGUGGGAGGGGGAUGUAGGGAGAAGGGUGGUGAUGCAUCUUUGAGGUGGCAUGGAUUCCCAUGACAUUAUCUGGCAAAAAGAUUGUGAAAAUGUUAUACUUAAAGUGUUCAAAUGCAAGUUUGUUUUUUUUUGCAUGUGUAAACAAUAAAGUGCCAAGUUAUUUUCACACA